AUGAUUGUCGAGAUCGUCGAUCCUAUAUCGGGAGAUCCCGUCCCAUUUGCACCUUGGUUUACAUCGAAAGAAGAGAGGGAAUAUGCUAAUAUGGAAAAUGAAAAAGCACUGGCGAAUCUGUACAAUAUGCUGCCUGAGGACAAGAAAAAAGAUGUUCAAGCUAACAGAAACGGAAUUCUGAAUAUCAUGUGUCAUCGAGCUGCCGACGAUGGAGCCUAUGUCAGGGCAGAGGAGGAAGGUCAUGCUGGUGAAGGUGAAGAUGAAGAACAGAUGGAAGCCGAAGAUGCUCCAUCAGGCGAAAAUGCUCCCCAGGCGGAAGAUGAACCCAUCGAUGAGAAUAACCCCAGACGAUCGAUGCAACGGGCGAUCGCGAUCAUGAUGGGAGCAGAUCACAAGAAAGAGGAGGAAGAUGAUGAUGAGGACACGGUUCAAGAAGAAUCGGAAGACGAGGAUCCAGCGCCACGAACGUCCAAAGACGAAUCUAAAUCGAAAUCGUCUAAAGAGGAAUCGAAACCGAGGUCAUCUAAAACUGACACAAAGUCAAAGAAAUCGGAGAAAUCAGACAAGGGGACUGAUAAACCCGGAAAGACGGGAACGGAAAAGUCAAAAGGGAAAGAAGGAAAAAGGAAGGACCAAUCCCCAUCUGACGAUGAAGAGAGUGAAACCGAGGAUUCGGAGGAUGACGAUGUCGUGGAGAUCGAUGAGAGUCAGAGAUCCUCGACUACUACACCGAAAAAGGGUGUUAUACGAUCAGCAACAUCGCCGGAAGAAAAACCGAAACCACCAGCUAUCGCGAUAAAGAGAGCGAUUAAUAUGGGACAGAUUAUGGCAGCGUCAACUCAGAAAGAACGUAGAGAGAAAGCGCAGAAGGAAAAAGGGAAACGUGAAGCAUCUCGCGAGUCGACGGCAUCAGAGUCAGGUCGUCCAAGUACAUCGACGGUCGCUUCGAAGUCGAAGCCCAACAUUCCGGUUCGGGCCACACGAAGUCAGACGGUAGAACUGAAGGUGGCACCUAACAGCUUGGAAGCGACUCUGGAAAAACCGAAACAGGCAGCGUUGGAAAAACAGAAGAAAAGUGCGAAGAAGAAGAGUACCAAGAAGAAGUCUAAGCCUGCGGCAGUCCGACGUAUCGAUGAAGUCGGAUUAGCACAAUAUACCAGAAGACAGGGUAAUAGCGACUUGGAAUAUUCUGAACCAGAAGAUAAUCAACCUUUUCCCGACUUCGAGGAAUUAGGGGAGGACAACGAUAUCUUAACAGAUAUCUUAACAGAGGAUGAUCUGUUUGAGGCUGGGAAAUUCGCCAUGCGAACAAUACGCACACGAGGCGAUACCUCAGUGACGGUCCGGUUUUGA